GUCAAUCUCUCCCGCUGGAACGUCAUAUAGGAGAGUUAAAGCGGGGAGGUCCUGCGAAAAAGCCUUCUACUCUCAUCUAUCCAGUGGCAGGAGCUGUAUACCACGAGCACGUACAGUCGACAUGGCCUCUGGAGUAGUCGUUGAUGAUGGCGUGGUGACCGCCUACAAUGAGAUCAAGGUGCACCACGCCGGCGAGGUGGUGGCGGACCGCUACAAGCUGAUCCUCUUCCGCCUCAGCGACGACGACAAGUUCAUCAUCGUGGACGAGGAGAAGAGCGUGCGGAUGAGGGAGAUCGAGAGCGUGGACGACGUCUUCAGCAUGCUGAUGAAGCAGUUCCCCAAAGAGGACUGUCGAUACGCGCUCUACGACUGCUCUUACAGAAACAAGGACACAGAGAAGGCUGACCUGGUCUUCAUCCUGUGGGUUCCUGAUGAGGCUCCUAUCAAGAAGAAGAUGUUGUACGCCAGCUCUAAGGGAGCCCUGAGGAAGAAGCUGCAAGGACUCAAAAUCGAGUGGCAGGUGAACGACCUCUCAGACGUCAAGGACUCUUCUGCACUAAUAGAGAAACUGGGCAGCAGGGGAUCGAUCAAGGAACUGGAAGGCAAGACUGUCUAACCACCCACCAACCGCUUCACGGGGGAUUGCAAAGUGACUGUGUAGUGACUGACCUAAAGUUAACUGUACUACUGUAAGUGGUAAAAAAAAAAUCCUUGUUCAAGGGUCUGUUGGCUUUAUUUUUCUCUGUAGAAAUCAAAAAAACAAACCCAUAGGUCUCAUUUGUUUAAAGCGAUGGUUCGGAGUAGAAUCACC